CCUCCUCGGCUUCCUCUUUUAUACGCGACCCCCGCCCUUCGCCUCCCCCUCCCCUCCUCUCCCUACCCCUGCCUUCCCCCACCGCCCUCCGCGGCAGCCCCGAGAAGCACUGCGGACCCCACCUCCCCGUCCUCCUCCCCAAGAACCAUCAGGAAGGAAGGAAGGGAAAGAAGGGGUGCAGCAGCAGCGAUGGCGUACCGGGCGGAGGACGACUACGACUACCUCUUCAAGGUGGUGCUCAUCGGCGACUCUGGCGUCGGCAAAUCCAACCUGCUCUCCCGCUUCACGCGCAACGAGUUCAGCCUCGAGUCCAAGUCCACCAUCGGGGUCGAGUUCGCCACCAGGAGCAUCAGGGUUGACGACAAGGUCGUCAAGGCCCAGAUCUGGGACACCGCCGGGCAGGAGAGGUACCGGGCAAUUACAAGUGCAUACUAUCGAGGGGCUGUUGGCGCACUUGUCGUGUAUGAUGUGACACGCCAUGUGACCUUUGAGAAUGUGGAGAGGUGGUUGAAGGAGCUCCGGGAUCACACCGAUGCAAACAUUGUUAUCAUGCUUGUCGGCAACAAGGCUGAUCUGCGGCACCUUAGGGCUGUUUCUCUGGAGGAUGCCAAGGGCUUCGCUGAGAGGGAAAGCACCUUCUUCACGGAGACAUCUGCCCUGGAAUCCAUGAACGUCGAGAGCGCCUUCACCGAGGUUCUAACUCAAAUCUAUCGUGUGGUCAGCAAGAAGGCCCUUGACAUUGGCGAUGACCCUGCUGCUCCACCAAGAGGACAAACCAUCAACGUUGGCGGCAAGGAUGAUGUCUCUGCUGUGAAGAAGUCAGGGUGUUGCUCAUCCUAGAUUUCUUAUGACCAUGAAAAGGAACCAUAUGCUCACCUGUUUAUAUGAUGGAUAACUUAAAAAUAUGGCUCCCUUAAUGCUGCCUAACCUGGUUGGUCAUGAGAUUAUGCUGGUACAGCAAGAUAUUCAUUUAGAGGUUGAGAAUUCAAUUCCAGAUUGGGUGAAAAACUAACUUUUGUAGUGUCAUUGAUAUUCAUGGUGUCUUUACGGGUUUUUUAUUGGUCUGCACUACUGUUCCACGUCAAUUUGACAUGGAAAAUCCUCUCCACAUCUCACUGCGUAAGUACAUAACAUAGGCUGGUGAAGUGUUGUAAUUGGAGCUAUCAAUCAUUACUCAGGAAAAGUUUUUAGAGGGUUAUAUUGUGUAAUUCUCACAGAUGUACAAAAUUUGGAUUGAAGGAUUAUGUUCCUUACCAGCC